AUGGUAAGGGGUGAUGAUGAGAUGCCACGGAAUGAUAGUCACAAAAGAAAUUGUGUAAGAGCCGAAAAUUCGAAUAAAAAGCAUCAUGGAAAUGCCAAACAAAAUGGGAUAAAUAAUAAUAUAGAAGAGAAUGACAAAAAUAUGAAAGCUGAUAAUAAUAAACACAUAUAUGAAGGUUGCGUAAAAAUUAAGAAUAAAAAUAAACAUAUAUUUUAUAAUAAGGCACAAGUUUUUAAUAGAGAUAUGAGUAUAGUUUUAAUAAAAGCAUUGGAAUUAUAUUUAAAAAAUAAAAAUAAGGAUAAUGAAAAAACAAUAUUUAGAGGUUUUAAUGUUAUCGAAUUAUUAAGUGCUAGUGGAAUUAGAAGUAUAAGAUAUGCAAAGGAACUUAAAGAAACUAUUAAUCACAUAGUUGCAAAUGAUAUUGAUAAAUAUGCAUGUAAACAAAUAAAAAGAAAUUUUAAAAGAAAUAAUAUAGAUAACGAUAAAUAUACAAUUUUAUGUAAUGAUGCUAAUGUUGUUAUGAAUAUACUAAAUAUUGACAAUGCUUAUAUGAGAAAAAGAAAUAAUAAAAGGCUAGACAUAGGUUUUACAUAUAUCAAUAAUACAAAUAAUUAUAAUGAAUAUUUCAAAGAAGCUCUAAAUUUUUUAAAAUUCAUUACAAAAUAUAAUAAUAUGAAAUCACAUGAAGAGGAUAAAGAUAAUCAAGGUAAUAAAAAUACAUACGAUAAUGGAAAAGAACAAAUAAUUUCAAAUGGAUAUGAUAGCGAUUCAACAGAUUUUUCCACCGAUUGUGAAAUGAAUACAAAAAUUGACCUAAUUAAAGAAAAUAAAGAUGUGAAUAAUAUAUGUAAUGAAAAUAUGAAAGAUUUAUCGAAAAAUGCUGAUAUAAAAAUUUGGGAUGAAAAGGAGAAAGACAAGAGCAAUGCAGAAAUGAAACAAGGCGAAAUGUCAGUUGAUGAAGAAAUUAAAAAAAGGCAAUUUGCAGAAAGGUACAUAUUUGAUAUUAUAGAUAUAGAUCCUUAUGGUUCUUCAAUAUGUUAUCUUGAAAGUUGCAUAAAAUAUGGAAGAAGUAAUUUUUUCAUGAUAAUAACAAAUACAGAUAUGAGAAUAUUAAACGGCAAAUUCCCUGAUGUUUCAUUUUAUAAAUAUAAUAGUAUGAUAUUUAAUAAAAAAGUAAAUUAUAAUACCGAAUUUAGUAUAAGAGUAUUAUUUUAUAAAUUAAAAAAUAUAGCAUCUAAAUAUAAAAAGCAUAUUAUUCCUUUUUGCUCAUUAAAUAUCGACUUUUAUAUUCGCAUGCUUGUACAAGUCUUAGAUGAUCCACUUCAAACAAAAGAUCUUUGUAUUGAUACUGGUAUUGUUUAUCAAUGUACAAAAUGCUCAAGCUUUCAAAUAAAUCCUGUUGCUUCAAAAAAAACUAUUAAUUUUACAGAAACAAAUAAUGUUUCUCUUUCACAAAGGAGAAAAAUGAAUAAAAAAAAAAAAGAACAAAAUUCUAAAGAUACAAAUUUAGAAAAUAAUUCUACGGAUAAAAACCAAACAAAUAUUUAUGAAAAUGAAACAAAAGAUAAUCAAUUAAAUGAUGAUGAAGUAGCAAAUACAGAAAAAGAAGCAGAGGAAAAUUCACAUGAUAAAACACCAGAAGCUAUUCCAAAUGGAAAUGAUACCAAUUUUCAUAUUGGCUAUAAAUAUAAAAAUAGUAAAUUAAAUGUAUCACAUAAAUGCGAAGAAUGUGGAGGAGAUAUAUUAAUAGGGGGACCUAUAUAUAUCGGGAAAUUACAUAGCAAUGAUUUUAUAAACACAUGUAUAUCAUUAUUAGAAAAUUUGGAUGAACAUAAUUUAAGUGCAAUAAAAACUAGAGAAAGAAUAUUAAUAAACUUAAGAUGUUUAAAACAAGAGAUAAAUGUUCCAUUAUACUAUAAUUUACAAUCUUUAUUUAGAAAUUUUAAAAUUUGCUCUUUUUCCAGAAAAUUAAUUGUUAAUGCAUUAUUAAAUUUGAAUUAUGAAGUUUCAUAUUUUCAUAGAGAUCCAGAUAGUAUAAAAACAAAUGCCCCUAACAAUAUUUUCAUGGACGUAUUUAGGGCUAUUGUUUUUAAAAUUAAUUCAAAAAGUAAAAAAAAUUCAAAUAAUAUCCAAGACAAGGCAAAUGGCGAAGUAAAUGAUGGUGAUCAAAGCAAUGAAUCAAAACAAGAUGGAGAUAAUAAUAAUUCUAAUAUAGUAAAAAAAAUAUACUCUAUACAUACUAUAAAAGAUGAAAAAUUGAAGGAAAAAUUAUUAACUUGUGAUUUUUUUAAAAAAAAUUCUUCCUUUGAUAAUAUAAAUAUUUCAAAUAUUAUGAAAAAACAACCAUAUGUUAAAUUGUUUACCAUCGAAAAUCCAGAGCCUUUUUGGGGACCCUUGAAAAAGCACUCUGAAAAAUUUUGA